GUUUAAUCUGUUUAUAAGUUAUAAUGGACCCGUUUCUAUUAUGGCAUAUGUAGUAAAUAGUAAAUAUUUCUCCCUGAUACCUUGAUACCUAACCAAUAAACUAUAUAUUUCAUGGUAAAGAUUACGAUCACGUACAUCAGUAUUCUUAGAGAGAUACCAUUCCUAUGUAUUAUAUAUUUAUACAUCAAGGUUUUUAAAUGCUCUUAUAUCGCCUAACGUUAAUUGCGUAUAUUUAUAAUUAUGUAGCCAUUUAGGUAUGAUGUAUGUUUAGUGUUUAGUUACCUAUGUGUGUACCUUGAACCUAUGUAUAAUAUUAUGUAAUAUCUACUUUCAGUUUUUUUUUUCAUAAAAAUACUAAAGUAAAGCCUUCAACGGACACUUUUGAUAGUCUCGUGAUUAUUCAUUAUUAUACAGGUUUCAGUGGAUUUCACUGUAUAAUUUAAAAUAUUAUUAAUAUUAAAUUAGAACUGCGUAAGCCACUAUACGGUUUACCAAAAUAUAUUUUAUAUAGUUUUUAUGAUGUAACUACUACGGUGUUUGCAUUAUUUCAUUAGUUACCUCCAUUAUAAAUUAUUGAAUCUUUAACCAAAAUAGUGAUGACUGAUGACUAAUUGGCUUUCAACAUUUCAUAUCUUGAAUACAGUAACCGUAGAAAAUAAACCAUGUCGAGCUUCGCAGCGGUGUUGAUUGUGAUUUGCGUGUGUUCAGCGUUGCUCCAACGUACGCCUGUCAAUGCCGCAAACAUCCUGGCAGUGCAGACGAUUCCUGGUAAGAGCCACUGGAACGUGAUGCGGGCUGUGCUGCGGGUGUUGACUGACCGUGGCCACACCGUAACUGUGUUCACACAGUUUCUAGAUGGUGACCGAGACGGUUAUAUCGAAGUGGACGUGUCCGAGCAAACGGGACCGCGACUAGGCCUAGACGCCUCGUUCUUGAUCGAAAACUUCGGAACCACGCGAAAGUUGAUGGCGAACAUGGAGAUAGCCACCCGGACGAAUUGCGAUACGAUUUACAAACAUCCACGUAUGGUGGACAUCUUGAAAGGCACAUCGGCGAGGAAAUUCGAUUUAGUCAUCACAGAACCACUGGUGUCCGAGUGCGUGGCGUACAUGGCCACCGUGCUCCGCGUGCCUAUGAUAUAUGUUGUUCCGCCGCCGAUCGUCACGUACCUGGAACGUCCUUUGACCGGCCACGUUUCAAAUCCGGCGGUCGUGGGGCACGUUCUGUCAGGUCACGGCGUUCCGGUAACAUUCGCACAGCGUUUUGCCAACGUGGUGCUGACGAUAUACUGUUCAACGUUGAAGUGGUACAACGAACGGCAGCUCCGUCUUGCCAGCCCUCAACCGUACGAUACCAUGGACCUGGUCAAACCUUCGAUAAUUUUCACCAACACACAUUUCAUUACUGAACCAGCUAGGCCGCUGACGCCUGACGUCAUCCAGAUCGGCGGCAUUCAUUUAACUCUGCCAGAACCGAUACCGAAGGACAUUUUGGAAUUCAUUGAUGAUGCGCCUCAUGGAGUGAUUUACUUCACGUUUGGUUCGGUGGUUUCGAUGUCGUCGUUACCGGAAAAUGUUCAGAACGCGUUCCGAAAGGCACUCGCUCAAGUUCCGCAAAAAGUGUUGUGGAAAUACGAAGGAGAAAUGGAAGACAAACCGAAGAAUGUGAUGACACGGGAGUGGUUUCCGCAACGUGAUAUACUUUUGCAUCCCAAUGUGAAACUGUUUAUCAGUCAUGGGGGCAUAUCCGGAGUGUACGAAGCUGUGGACGGGGGUGUUCCUGUAAUAGGAUUUCCCUUUUACUACGACCAACCAAGAAAUAUUGACAAUUUGGUGAACGCCGGAAUGGCAAUCUCUAUGGAUCUGUUAUCUGUUACUGAAGAGACAUUUUUAAACGCCGUUUUGGAGAUUGUCAUUAACGAUAAGUACCAGAAAAACGCUAAAAUAGCUUCCGAACAGUUCAAAGACCGAUCCAAGUCACCCGCGGACUCUGUAAUUUACUGGACUGAGUACGUUUUACGUCAUAACGGUGCACCUCAUUUAAAAUCCCAUGUUCUAAAUCAGACAUGGUAUCAAUAUUUUUUAGUUGAUGUAAUAAGCACAAUUUUAUUUAUUGCGUUUUUUAAUUUGUUUAUAAUUUAUUAUGGACUAAAAAUGAUGUAUAAACAUAUUUUUAAGUUUUACUGUAAAAGAAAGACCGUAAAAUAAAAAUUUGAAUUUAAUGCAGUUAGAUAUCAUUCACAAAUAAUGAAUACUUUACUUUAAUAGUUAAUACGUAUUACAUUUAUGAAUAAUAUAUGAUAUUAAAAUAUUGGUAUAAUUAGUUUCUAAUGCGAUAUAUUCUACAUAAAUGAAUACAAGUUAAAUGAAUAAUACGUACUUACGUACAAAUAAACAAUACACGUAUAUAACAUCAUAAACAACAUGUCUACAUGUAAGCAAAAUCUGAUUAAGACCAACUAUAGCCUUGUUGGUCCUCUAUCAAUGGAAGAAUAAAAAUAUAGUCCAUAUACAUAUACAUUAAACAUUAUAAUAUUGGCGUAUUGGCCAUAUUAGCGUAGGUGCACAUAA